AAGAAGUGUUUUAAGCCAUUGGAUCUUUGAUCUAAUGGUUGAGAUCAAUAGGGUAUUAAAGUGUAAAUUGUGUUUUAAUUAGAAGGGGCUUUUGUAAACUUAAAGGGUAAUAGUGUCUUUUCCAUUGUUUCAAAUAUGGUAACCGUAUCCUGCACAACCAAAACCCCCUAUCAAUCUCUUAAAAACAAGCGACGUUCCCGUCAAAGCAAAAGUUUUAUACUCUCCGGAAAGUUUCGUCUAUCGAACUACAUUGCAAAGAAGCAGAGAAAGGGUUUUUUAGGAGAAUCAAGGAUCAAAGAGUGUUAUAUGGACCCAAAAAAAGGAACUAUGAAGCCAGCAGGUUCGAAGAGGAAGCGAGAAUUAUCCGAGACCAAACCAGCUACAGCAACACACGAUGCAAACAACGAUGACGACUUCCAAACGCCGCUUCCGGUACCGUUCGCAGAAGUUCUAACUAAACACCAUACUGGUGCUGAUAUAACACACCGUGACACGGCCGACGACGAUGACUUCGUGACGCAACCACCCACGACAGAUCAAUCAGCUGCCAAUUCACAAGAAGAGUGUGACAAUGUUGACCACCAACAACCAUGCGAUGCAAAAAGACGUAAGUCAACCGCGACAAGGAGGAAGUCGACGAGACCACCAGCAUCAUUUCAAUCGAAAAAAUAUGAGCCCUUUAGCGGGCCAAAAAUUAAACUGAAGACAUCUCCGGAUAAUAUGGUUAUAUUUGUUAACAGCUUGAAUAAAGUUCAAAAAAACAAGGUCAUAGAGAUGGGAUUCGGUGCAUUGCUGAAUUUCAACAUACAUCAUGUACCAACGCGUCUAGCAUAUUGGCUGGCAAGCAACUAUGACGACGCUGCAGGGGUGUUGAACUUUGGAGCUACCCGUUUACGGAUCAAUUCAAAGUUGGUGAAUACAAUAUUCGGUAUACCGAACGGGGGUAUAAAGAUUGUAGAAAAAGAAAGAGCGAGGGACAGCAAUCCGGUAGUGAAAGAAUGGAGGGAUCAGUUCAAUGAUAACACUAAGGUGUCGCCAGUCGGGCUGAAGGACAUGAUGAUUACAGACACUUCAAGUGGUCGGUCAUUUGAAUUGAACUGGUUGGUGUUAUAUAAUACUAUACUUGGAGAGAUAAGCGCAUGCAACACAGUUAACCAAAGAUUCUUGGGAUGCGUGGACCCAAAUGAAAAAAUAUCAAACUUUGAUUGGAGCAGCUACAUGAUAACCUGCUUGGACCGAACGACGAAUGCAUGGAACCGGAAGAGGAAUGACGCUUUUAGAGGCCCGAUCGUGUUACUAGCGGCUGCAUACGCGUACGACCAAAGGGAUGCUUUGAAGCGUAAUAAGAGGGGAUGUCAUCCGAUUGAAUUGAUAGAUGACGGGAUGCUUGACGAACUGCUCGGAAAGCUUGAUGACAUACUUUGGGAUUCUCACAUAAAGCAUAACACCCCAAUGAUACCCAAAAUUCAUGUAGAUGCAGAAAAACAGAUGAGUGAAAAGGUUAAGAAGAUACCUGAUGAUAAAAAAUCAGCAUCAACCAGCGCUAAAGUAGUUGAAACGGCAGCAGAAAAACGUGCGGAUGACAACAAGGAUGAGGGCAACGAAGAAUACGAACCGUACGAAGAAGGGGACGACGACCAUAUGGGAAUAUAUAAACAUUGCAAAAGUUAUUUGUUGUCACAGCCAAGUACACAGGAGCUGCCGUUUGUAUGUCAAGUUGGGGCAGACAGCGAAUUUCGGAUACCAAUGGUAUCACAGUAUGGGACACCGCCCGUGUACUCACAAGAAGAAAAAGAUACUGAAGAGAAUAUGGCGACAAAUUUGGAUGAUGCACUUACGGAAUUUGAAGAUUGCGUUGAUAAGAUAAAAAAUGCAAUGAGAGAAGCUUUACGUUUGCACCCCAACAGUGAACAGAUAUUGAGUAGGAAAACGUCAUGGAUUGCGAGUGUCCGCAAACAUCUAAAGGACAUUGCGGAUACUGAGGAAGGCGAUGAAGUGUCAGAAAAAACCCCCACCGCUGUCAAAAACACUGGACUAUUGACACAAGGCACACAAUCGAAAUCUGAGGGGAUCAAACCAGUAAACUUGCAAAGUGAACUGGACAACGUCGCAACAACUUCAAGUAUUCCAGACACUGAACAGGGAGGAAACGCGUUACUGCAAUAUAAACACCAGAGGCCAAAAAGAAACACCAAUCUUCCAGAUGUUUUCAGGUCACCGUACGUGCAGCGUGUGGUUUCGUUAACAGAUAAACGAGAACAAUUGGAAUCUGCAUUGGCUAGCUGUAUACUGAGCGGAAGGGGAAACAAAUGGGAUAUUUUAUUCGAUUGCCCAGCAGGUGUCUCGAUUCUGAGAGGCUCGUUUGAGACGAUGUACCCGUCAUUAUGCUUGGAUGCAGAUAUUAUAUCAGCUUGGGCCGCAGUCCUUAACAACGAGGAGCGGUUAAGGGCACCUGGUACCCCCGCAAGGCUGUUUUGCAAUGCCGGAAUGUUGCUUAUAAAACAGCUUAUAACACUACAGCCUCCAGCUUAUAUUAUGCCUGCAUACAUAAAAAACAUCUUAUAA